AAAACAGUAUUCAAACCAAAUUGGAACAAGUGCAACAAGAAUUAGAUGAAACAAUGGAUUUGCUGGCAAAACAUAAGCUCGAACUCGCCGAAAUUACAAGUCAAUUAAACGAAGAGACAUCAACACGGAACAGAAUUCAAAAGGAAUACGCCGAUGUUCAGGCAAAAUGUACCGAAGUCAAUCAGAAGCUUCAAGAUACUCAAAAAACAUUAACCGAAAUUCUCGCGAAGAAUGAUGAGAUCAGUGCUGAGUUGACUGGGAAGAAUGAGCAAGUGUUCAAGUUGAACGAAGAAUUGAAACAAUUGACAGCAAUUCGCGAUGGAAUUCAAGAGGAGUAUGAUGAAAUUCAGGCUAAAAACACUGAAAUGAAUCAGAAGCUUUCUGAAAUGGAGCUAGAAUUGUCCACCAUUCACUCGAAGAAUGGUGAAAUUGGCUCAGAACUCAUCGAGAAAAAUGGUCAAAUUUUGAAGUUGAAGGACGAACUAAACCAAGUCAAUACAACUCGAGACAGCAUUCAGAAAGAAUAUAUUGAUGCACAAGAAAAAUUGGUCGAAGUCAAUCAGAAACUAAAAGAUACACAACAAACAUUGACCGAAACUCUCGCAAAGAAAGAUGAGAUAAGUGCGGAGGUGACUGAUAAAAAUGAUCAAAUUGUUAAGUUAAACGAUGACUUGAAAGAAUUGAUUGCAAUUCGGGAUGGUAUUCAAAAGGAUCACGACGACAUUCAAGUCAAAAACUUGGAAAUCAAUCGGAAAUUGGGCGAGAUGGAACAAGAAUUGUCCAUCACGCGCACGAAGAAUGAUGAAAUUAGUUCAGAACUCAUCGAGAAAAAUGAUCAAAUUUCGAAGUUGAAAGACGAACUAAGUCAAGUUAAUACAACUCGAGACAGCCUUCAGAAAGAUUAUAAUGAUGUCCAAGAAAAAUUGGUCGAAGUCAAUCAGAAACUCCAAAAUACACAACAAACAUUGACCGAAACUCUCGCAAAGAAAGAUGAGAUAAGUGCGGAGGUGACUGAUAAAAAUGAUCAAAUUGUUAAGUUAAACGAUGACUUGAAAGAAUUGAUUGCAAUUCGGGAUGGUAUUCAAAAGGAUCACGACGACAUUCAAGUCAAAAACUUGGAAAUCAAUCGGAAAUUGGGCGAGAUGGAACAAGAAUUGUCCAUCACGCGCACGAAGAAUGAUGAAAUUAGUUCAGAACUCAUCGAGAAAAAUGAUCAAAUUUCGAAGUUGAAAGACGAACUAAGUCAAGUUAAUACAACUCGAGACAGCCUUCAGAAAGAUUAUAAUGAUGUCCAAGAAAAAUUGGUCGAAGUCAAUCAGAAACUCCAAAAUACACAACAAACA